AUGGCUCCCUCGCGCAAAAUCGAUUUCAAGUUCCGCCGCGGCAUCAUUCCGUUCUCUAUCCACUUCCGCCCUGUCAUCUCCCCUGCAACGGGCACCAUCAUGUCAUCUACGGCCUCCCAGAACCUCUCGGUCAAUACCUUGGAUGAAGGACCGGGCUUCAUGGACAUGCCUGUCGAGAUUGUGCUCGAGGUCAUCAAGAUGUGCCACAAGAACAGAGACAACGGAUCCGACCCCUUCGCCCCUGGCAAGCACCGCAACACCACUCUGGAGCUGUCCAUGACUUGCAGCGCUCUUCGGGAAAUCUGUAUUCCCUUCCUGUUCCGAAAGGUCAGAAUCUACCGCGCUGAAUACCGCGCUAUUCAGCCUCUCAAGGCGAUGCUGCUCAAUGACAGGAUCCAGAGGGCUAUUCGCUAUUGUAAGAUCACUAUCCACCCAGGUCGCGAAGCUCCGAACGUCUCCAUUCUCGCCAUGGCACUCUGCCAGGCUUUGGAUUCGAUGGUCAACGUCCAGGAGCUUGUCCUCGAUCUUCCCAGCCAGGAGACUCUGGUCACGCACUUGCGUAGCUUCAUUCAGCACAGCAUGCUUCAGCUCCCCGAUGUCAAGAAGGCGUCCUUCGCCCGCAGCUCGGACCUCCCGGAGCACGCGGUUCGCGUGUUCCCGAGUCUUCAAGUGCUCAACGUCGGCUUGAGUGACCGUCCUAUUCAGUCACUUGGACGCUGCUUCAAGACAGCCAGCCGUCUCCGUGAGGUGGAAAUUCGCAAAAUCGAUUGGACCCCCAAGACCCUCCAAUCCCUCAUUGCCAUGCUCGGCGGCCUUCCGAAGUUGGAGUCCCUUGUCAUCAUGGGAUCGCUGAGGAACGUGAGAGUCUCCGAGCUCGUCUCCCGAUUUUCUCCUUUGGAGCAACUUCGGCACUUGACCCUUACCGCAGAGCAGCAGAUCUCGCGAGACGUGGAUGAUAACGGUGAGGUCAACUGGGACUUUGUCGAGAGCCUCCUUCACAGCCACCAGUACAACGAGGAUCUCCCCGCCAAUGCCCUGGCUAUCUUCAAGGCCUGCCCCAGCUUGCAGUCCGUGUGCCUCGUCCGAGACUUCACUGCGCGCAACUUCGUGCCCGUCAUUGAUGAGGACGAUGAGAUUGUCGACGUCAAGCUUGAGGGACGGUACAACCGUAGCUCCGGCAGCGGCUACUGGAACCCCCAUGGUCUCAUUGUCAACGAUCUGGCUCUCGCCUGA